UUAUGCAACCGCUGACCUACUAACAUACAUUUCUAAACAGAAGCAGCUAGCGGCAGGAUACUGGAGCGCCUCGCCAACACAACACAACACAAGGAGCCAGGGCAAAAACACACGGGCUGCGGAACCCAUGCGUACUGGACACGGCGUGUAGUGUGUGUGGAUCACUUCGCCUUUUUAUUCAAGCCACCGAGGCUGAUACAAAGAGACUAAUUAUAGUCGUCGGGCGACUGAAGAUAUUUUAGAUACAAGCACAAAAGCCACAAACGCCUUUCAUCGAACAGCCAGCUGGAGACUUUGGGAGCAGCAGCACCCCUCCCCAAGAGGCUGGCAAGCUGGGGCAGACCGAGUGACCUAUAUCCUCCAACACGCCCAAGGCACUGGGACACAUCUCUGUCGGCUUGAUAGAGCCGUUACAUAAAGGAAUAAAAGUGAAAACAAAGAAAAGGGGUCAGAAUCCUUUAAACAAAUUUGGUCACAUUUUCUGUACUUCAGGACUUUAUUGCCCCUCUUUCAUUCCCCGGUUUGGCUUUGACAGACAUUGUGCGCAAGACAGCCAGAAGAGUUUACUCAUUGAGGAAUUCUUCGGGUUUGUUAAAAGCAGGAGACUCAUAAAGAGGUGCAACUGUUCUUGCUCUUCUUAGCCGACCUGGACACUUGAUCAUCUAGGGAUAUUUGCUUGAGCUUCACAUCAGCAAAAUCAAUGAGGUUCAGUUUUCCAGAAACUAAAAUAUCUCAUAAAGUAUUUGCUGAUCCAGCUACUUAGUUGAAGAUUCUCCAGUCCACUGUUUGUUGGGAUAUCCUACAGGAAUUCCCGUAGCCACCUUUACACCCUUUAAUCCAUCCCUGUUUCUUCAUUUAUUUCCAUUACCAGUGGUGAAGCCAAUGUCCCAAACUGGCUCCCAUUGAGGAACAAUGGAAAGUUUGAGCUUACAAAUCUCAACAAAUUCCAGUGCAAGCAAAACCUUAAAGAACACAGAAAGCAUUCUGGACUACAGUGAUCUUGUCCAUUCACCUCAAAGCAACAUUCGCCAGAGCCGCCUUCUCAAACCAAAGCCAAACAUGAGCUGUCGACGUAAGCGUGAGUUCAUUUCAGAUGAGAAAAAGGAUGCAUCCUACUGGGAAAAGCGACGCAAGAACAACGAGGCAGCAAAGCGUUCCCGGGAGAAACGACGCUUUAAUGACAUGAUCCUAGAGAACAGAGUUAUGGCGCUGAAUGAUGAGAAUGUACGCCUGAAAACUGAGCUUUUACAGCUUAAGCUCAGGUUUGGUCUGAUAAGUACAGCCUCCUACAUGGAAAAGAGUCAGCAGAUUGGUGGAGCAGUCAAUGGAACUUCUGGGGGAAACUCAACACCUUCCUCUACCACCAGUCUCUUCUACCCUAAUGAUUACUCCAGUGUUUCUCAGAUGAUGAUAAACUCUGAUUCUUCUGAAACGGAGCAGUCUGUUCGAGGGGAUGGGCAUGGGAAAUUGGCAAAGUACUCCCCGCGAGGUUCCCUGUCUGAUAUGUCUGAUGACUCCUCUCGGGACAGCCCAGAGCCAUUGGUGUAUGACAUCAAGCAGGAAGGGAUGGGUCUGGAUAUGGACAUUGUCAAUAGCACUACCAGACAGUUCAUGUUAAACAUUCAUUCUAGAUUGCCUGCAGUAUUUCACCAGCACACUUUUGAAGGUUAUUCAGCCAACCAACAGAAGCAACGACGCCACGAGACCACUGCAAGUCCAGUCAUCCCACAAUCCGCUCAAAGAAGUGUUAUCCUAUACCGUUCAAGCAGUGCCUCGUAUCCUGUGGAAACUCAGGAAAUGAUUCCUAAAGAACAGCAGAACCUCACUCAGCCUACAGAGGGACCAACUGGAAGUCCCAAAAGCUUGGCAGAGGUGUCUAAACGGCUAGAGAGAAAAACUUUGGACUCUCCACCUUAUGACUACCCAGAUGGGGAAGCAGCCGAAAGGCAAGCUUACAUUGCUCAGCGACAGACCCCCAGGGUUGAUGCUGCUGCCCCAGAUCUUCUAAUGAGACCAGAGGAGGGAGAUGAAACACAGAUGUACCACUGUUCUAAUGGCACCCUGGAGAAUGACGAUCCACCAGUGCUGACCUACGAAGGAAGCUUGAGACACGAAGAGUACUACGAGGCUCACUCAGGAAAGGACACUUCCUCAAGUGACGGGGAUCCCCGCAGCUCUGAUAAAGAGGGCUCCACCGAUGAUGAGUCUCCCUCUUCAUCUUGCUCCGAUACAGGCAGCUACCACCCUCACAUAUUCGUGACCCAGAGCUCCUUCUCUCCAAGCCAAUGCAAAGACGGCCAAGCAGAAAUCAAAGGCACUGCCCUACCCCACAAAUUGAGACUCAAGCACAGAGCUCAGAGCAACGGCAGAGCAUCAUUUCAAGACUCGCCAACGACGCCACCUGCUAACUUCCAGCCAUUACCUCAGCAUCCUUACCUGGCCUUGUCUCAACCUGGCGGCCAGUCGAGUCCAGGGUUUUGCAAGCAGGACACCUCGGCUGGAAGCAUUGAAUGUGGGAAGAAGGAAUCCAGUAUGCGUAACAGUCGCAACAAGAGACAUGACUGAACGUAAAACUGUGGGACUCACUUGGGUCUUGAUAUAAAGCCCCAAGAGACUUUUUAUAAGCCCAUCUUGAGGUCCUACCUUGAUCUUGUACCCUUCACCCAUUCCCUGUGCAAAUGCCAAGGGAUAAGAGAAGUGGAUAUCGUCAGGACUGCUGCAUUGUAUUUGCAUUGUACUAUAAUGUAUAUACUUAACUUUUGUUUGUUUAACCUCCUCUUAAGGUUACAGCAGCACUUUUAUAACAGAAUGAAAUCGGAUGACAUGCUGUUGAUCACACUUACCCAUAGUUCCCAUGCUGCAACAAGAUGUCAAAGUGUAUAUUCAAUUCAAAAGCAAUAUCUACCAUAUGUGAGGCAUGGUAAUGGAUUCAUAUUUGUAAAUAGGCAACUUCAAGUGCCCCUUUUUUAGUUUUUGGCCACACCUUAACAACAGAACAUUUGCAUGUGGCUAUGCACCACAUUUAAACAUACCAAACACCAGAAGAUUCAGGGAAUAUUUCCCUUGACCAAAGAAACAUGGCUUUAAGUUCAUACCUCUCUCUGCUCCCUACCUCUAUCUGCUUUUCUAACUAGUGCUCCCCAUCACUUUUCCCACAUUAAACAGCCUAGCUCCUUGAUCAGGCACUUGGUUUGUGUGUAUAAAAUGUGAUAUAAAUAUUAUAUAUGAAUAUAUUUUAAGAAGAAAACAAAAAAGUUUACAUGAAAAAAAAAUAGGGAGUUAUGUGUCUAAUGAUUUGGUCCUUGUCAAAAAUACUGUACAAUAUCAGUGUGUUUGUUGUUUGAGAUGCCACUUAAUAUAAACUUUUUUUUUUACUUUAACAAUUUGCAAUUAAAUAUUUUUUUAGAAGCUGUCAUUUUAUAGGAAAAUUGUCAAAAUGCCCCAAAGCCUUUACAGAUACAUUAGCGGGUUGAUGUAAGCUUCAUGUCAUAGAUACUAAAAUGUGUUCUCAUUGCAGUUAGAACUCAUUGUCUGGUCUUGAAACACUACUUGGCGUUUAGCCUAAAAUGUCUUUUUCAGAUAAUGUUUAAAAUUUUAAACCUACCCUAAAAGUACAUAUCUAGCUUCCCUUUUAUGUAGCCUCCAUGUUUAUAGUUUUUCUUACAAAAUGACUCUCUCUUCCUCUCUGGUUAUGAAUGUGAAAGGAAUGUUUUGCUCUUAUUAGCAUGGGGUUUACAGGAAAGCUCCACCCUGCUUACAUCAGUAUAAAUGGAUGAUAACUAGCAUAGUGUCCGUUUGCCCUUGAGGCCCCUAGUUAAGUGAUUCAGCUAGCUGAUGCUGCAGUUUUUUCAAUCUUUAACUGGUUGGCUGACUCCUCGCUAGUCAGCCGCUACUCUGCAUAUGUUUCCCUGCUAAAAUGAGGUUUAAUCAAAGUUGCAGGUUUUCUUGUUUGUUUGUUUUUAACUUUUCAAAGAAUGCUUGUAAAUUUACUCACAACCCCCCUUUUGUAUUUAAAAAAAUAAAUCUACAUGUCACGUUAACUUAUGGCACUUGUGUAUAAAUGUAAAAUAUUUUUACACUGUAUUGUGAACUGUUUUGGGGGCCAAGUGUUGUCCUGUUUAUCACUAGCUGCAUCUUUACUUCCAGUUUACUGUGAUUUCAAAAUUGCUCACCACAAUGUCACCUAUCCUCUUUCGUCCUUUCAGUGUGUUUUAAACUGAGUGAUGUUUGAUGUUUUUAUUUUCUUAUGGUUUUAUCAAAAUAAAAGUGGAAAAAAACAAACAACAAGCAAGGCUUGUUUGGUGUUAUUGAGUAGACCGUGGCACUGCUGUUCUGUUGCUCUGUUUUGAAAUAGAUGCAUAUUGUAAAAAACACUAUUCAGUGCUAGGUUUGGGUGCAUUUCAAAAAUU